AAAAAAUAUUUCAAUAUGGUGCUAAGCAAUUCCACACCCAACAGUAAUCACAAGCAGAACGAGCUCGUCAUGGACACGGCGACCAUGAACAGCGCCGAUCUGAGCGAGCUGCUUCAACUGAAUGCGGAGAUUGAGGAGCGACGGUCACGCCACGCCUACUGCGAUGUCAGCGAUGGGCGUGGACUGCUGCGUGCCACAAUGACGCGCGAGGAGCUCUUUGAGGUCUCCUCACUGGACGAUGAUCGCUUCCUAACCGCCUUGGAGCACCAAAACUCAUACGUGACACCGUCCCGCAUACAAGUCACCGACCUGGACUUGUCCAGCAUUGAGAACCUCAUGAAGUACUUUGAUGAAGAGGUGCCUGUUACGCCUAGCAAAGAUGUCAUCAUAAGGACUGCCCCCUGCUCGGGCAAAGUAGCCAGCGCCAUUGCCAAACUGGCCAGCCAACCCGUGCCGCUGCCCAAGCAAAGAGUGGACAGUUGCAAGCAGAAGAUCAACGAGUUGAAACAAAAAUACGAACAGCCGCAACUGGCAACACCACAGGCGGUACGUGGCGCCAACAACAAGACCAGCGGCAAGCUGCCCAUGAAGGUCAAGGAGAUAGCCCAAUUAUUCAACUCGAAGUUCAAUCAGGUAAUGCGGCGCGCUGACCCGCCGCAAUACGCCGCGCUGCACAAUGAGCUAUCACUCUCACCGGAGCCCAAGCCACAGCCCAGAUCGCAGCAGCAUCAGCAUCUGCAGCAGCAGCUACAGCAGCAUCUGCAGCAACAGCAGGAGCAUUUGCAGCAGCAGCAGCAGGAGUCUGUUGUUCAAGGUCCCUGCCUGGUGGCCGAGGAUGUGUUCCGAGAGCUGAGCGUCAGGGAUAAGGUGUUGCUCUUCAAUAAGUUUGUUAGCGACAUUGCCGCCAAGCAUCCCAAAUUCAAUGAGCAUGCGGCCGAUCUUAAAGCGCAGGUCAAAAAGCAAAUGGCACGCGGCGAGGUGGUGGCCGAGCAGCAGGCCAGCGUUAAGCAUUUGGCCCAGGAACUGGAGGCCAAGUGCGUGCUGGAGUCCACGCCACCACGACCGGCAACAAUGCCGGCCAAGCCGCCAACACCUUCGCUGCAUGUGAGCACGCUGACUGUGGUGAUCAAGCCCAGUCCGGAGCGACAUGUGAUUGCCAUGCCAGGUGGCCGUCUAUUGCACGAGCGCGAGCAGUGCGCCUCGCAGAAGCGCAAUUUGUCAGCCAUACGCAGCGUGCUGCCGACGGAGGCGUAUGCGCCGCCCAAGAAGAUACGACGCACACGUCAGGAGCGCGCCGGAAAUGAUAGUCUUCCGUUUUUUCAAAACGAACCGCUCGAGAGUCUUUUCUACAGCUGGCUAACUGCCGAGAAUGGCGUGCUCUUCGACAUAACAAGCGUAUCCAACAGCGAUCAGACGAUUGAGAUUGCCAGCAGCGACGAGCAGCCGGCCCAGAUCACCGCCGGUUCCAUUGGCGACAUGAGCCAGAAGUCUGCCGUGGAACGUUUGCUCGAGGAGGCUAUUGCCAAGCUGGAGCUAGAGAGCAAAACUAAGGAAUCGAGUCAUGUGGACGAAAAGGACGUGGACACGGCAACAAACCCAACGGCCGUCACGCCCACACCGCGCAAAAUAAAACGUCAAGCGCCGCCUGUACCUGCGCCGCGUCCAAGUCUGGGCCAAAUGCAAUCCACUUGCAUAACAUCGAGCAGCUCAUCGAGUUGCAAGCAAUCAGAUGCUGAGGAAAGUGAGUCUGGAUUGUCUACACUGCCAAAGAUAACCAGCGAUGAAUCCCAGCCAGAAAUGCCAGCAACACCAGAAGAAGCUCCAGACUUUGACUUUGCGAAGCCCGUGCGACCGCCGCGUAAGAAGAAAAUGCGCCGCACGCUCACCUGGAAGAAGGAGAACUCCAUUGUAGAAGCCACUGCCAAUGCUGUGACCAGUACCGACUCUGACUCCGACUACAAGCCAGCGGUACUGCAAGCCAAGAAGAAGCCAUCAAGUGUAGCACCAGCACCAGCACCAGCACCAGUUCAAGCUGCUGCACCGCCGCCAAUGCCGGAGCAGAGCUACAUUGAGCUGGACAAGUCGCUGAUGCGUCAGGUGAACUCGCCCAGAAAGAUCAAGUCCGCGUAUACCUUGACGGUGAUGUCCUCGCCAUCGCCCAAUGCGGACAGCGAUCAGUCGCCCUCGCAGACACCGCGCCAAUCGUUGGAUCCGCAGCUCCGCGACAGUUUUAUAGAUCAGGGCUUUGAGACGUGCUCCAAUGAUGCCAUGGAUAACAGUCCGUUGCGGCGUUCCUCACUUGGCAUGACUCAAACAAAGCCCUCGGGCUUUUCCACGCCGGUAAAGGCACACAAUUAUUCGAGUGCCGCGCAUCAGCAGCUCUUCAGUCCCAUUGGUGCAACUGGGCAGCAGCUGGACAAGUCGCGUCGCAGCUCCUUGGCUAUGCAAGUGAUACGAGAGGAUCAUCCAUUGGACUUGGCUAGCUCGUCCGAUGCGCCAACAACGCCGACCUGCAGUGAGCGCGAGUUCUUUGCCAAUGCACCCACUGUCGAAAUGAGCUCAUCGCAGCUGGAAGAGCUGCCGCCAAGCAAGCCGCAGUCCAAGUUUUGGAUCAGCGCCGGAGAUUUUACGGUCGCAUUGGAUAUUGUGCACAAUACACCGGAGCGACUGCGUCUGCUCUACGAGAUCUUUACUCAAAAAACCUGGGAAACACGUGAGCUGACUUUCGGCAUUGAUGGACACAAGUUUUGCAGGUCAACUGCUGGCCAGCAAGAGGCCAAGACCAAGGAGCUGCCAGAGCGACCGCCUAGCGUAAAGGGCUUCUCGCAUUAUUGGUUCGCCAGCGGCGAUCUGGCCGUGCCCUUUAGCGGCAAGCACAUGCCCAGCGAGAAGAUUGAACGUCUGUUUCAUUUCCUCGACACGGAGCUGAUCACUAGUCCUGAUUGCGAGCUGCGCUUUGGCGUCGAUCAAUUUGAGUUCAGCUGCGUGCCCGAGUUCUGGCACACAAUGCCCAAGUUCUCCAUUGAGAGCAGCUACAGCAUGCUGGUGGGCCUGCAGACGGGCAACAGCAAUGGACUGGAGGGACGCAGCAAGUACGCUUGGCCCAGUAACCACUACAACAACUCUAACAAUGCCAUCAAGACCAGCGAUCUGGACCAGACCGAAUUUGAAUCGGACAGCUUCAGCAAUAACAGCGGUCGACUCUCGUUCUCGCCGGACCUGUUUAGCCAGGACUAUGAGGCUGUGCCGCUGGAUGAGCUCUUCGACAAAACAUUGCCCGUCGUCCGUGCGAAGCCCAUGAGCAUGCCACAAAUGCUGCGCAUCCUGCAGCAGCAGCAAACCAAGCUUAAAAGCGUCGAGCAGCGCAUACGCAACUACGAGCUGCCCUCAAAACUAACCGAGGCCACGCUGAAGCAUUGCCGCAGCAAGCCCGAAUAUGCCCACAAGCUGCGCACUAUUGAUAAUAUCGCCCGCAGCAGCGGAUUCCGCGCCUGCUCCAUGGAAGAGCUGGAGAGUUUCAUGCAGUUUCUUGUCGAGUACGCGGACACCUGUCUUGGCAGUUGCAGUGAGCACAUCGAGAAGAUCAUCGACACGCUGCUGGACCAACGCGCCGUAGCGGUUUAA